AUUCAGUUGGAAAUCUCAGUGUGAGAGCAGAAGAAAUCUCUGUUGAGAAGAGAAGGGAGACCUACAAUGGAAGAAGCUGGACAGGACCCAUUGGAUGAUGUGCAGGAGGUGAUGGAAAUACCGAAACUAGAAGUCACAAAGCAGACCCUGGACUUCCUGAACUCAGACCUUGAAAAGGAUCUGCAGAGAAUGGAUGAGGCAAAUCAGGUUCUUCUCAAAAAAAUUCAAGAGAAAGAAGAAACUAUUCAAAGUCUGGAAAGAGAUAUCACACUGUCGGUCAGACAAGCCAGAGAGAGGGAGGAGCUGAACCACUUCAUAUCUAAGAAGGAGGAAGCCCUGCGGGACCUGGAAUUAGAGACGGCAAAGCUGGAAAAAAAUAAGGAAAUUCUAAGCAGGAGCGUGGUGGAGGUGCAGAAGGAGAUUUCAAGGAAAUGUAAGAAUGUUGGCCUGGAUAAAGAAGCCCUAAAGCAGAUGCUGGCAGAAUUGAAGGUGAAACUACAGAAGUCAACAGAAUCCUGUGCCAGUCAAGAGAAGGAACUGGUCAAGAUAGAGAGUGACUAUCAAUCUGUGUAUCAGCUCUGUGAGGAUCAGGCCCACUACAUAAAGAAAUACCAGGAAAUUCUGAGACAGAUGGAAAAGGAAAAGGAGAUGAUGCUUCUUGAAAAAGAAGUCCAAAGAUGGGGAAGCUCUAUACAGUCAGCAAAAACAAGACCAGGAGCUGACUAUGGCUCAGAUCAUCAACUCCUUAUUGCCAAAUUCAGACUUAGAUUGAAGAAAGUAGGGAAAACCAUUAGACCACACAGAUGCAAAGCCCAGAACAACUCCGUCCAAAUAGUGAAACCGGGGUCAACUCUGGUGGAGACAAUCCAAAGCAAUAUGGAGAAGACCAUCAUUAAGAAACAGAAGAGAAUCUUUUGGUACAGGCAUUUCAGGUAUUUUAUCUCCAUGGUCAUGAUCUUCUUUAGGCUGCUGGGUUACGUGCUUUUCUACCUGCAGUACAUAAACCCAGACCUCCUUGUGGACGCCCUGCCUGUGGUCAUGAGCAGAGAAACCUUGAAGAGACUGCGGGAAGCCUUAUUUCCCUUCCUCACUCUAGAGGUGGAAGAAGUUCUACCACAUUAGUCUGGAGUGGCCUGGGGGCUUCACACUGCACCCAAGUGGAGAGGAGGGCAUGGCUGUGGCCCCCAGGUGGGGAAUGGGCCAGGAAAGAAGUAGGAGCUCUGACUCAGGGCUGCUGCUUUGACAUCUGACCUCUUCAUUUCAUUCUUUUCCCACGCUUUUUCUCCAGUGUCUCUUUUUCAAAUAAAACAUAUGUUUGGUCAGA